AUGGCUCCGCAAUUCUCCAUGGGGCUCAACUUGCCGAAAAAGAAACCUGCUGGCCCGAAAGCAGGAAACCCACUCGCCCAGAAGCGCAAGAAUAUAUUUGAUGAUGAGUCGGACGAAGAACAGCAAGGAGAUGAUAAAGACCACCCCCCCAAACGAAAGAUGCAAAUGGGAGGUGGCAAACCCAACCUCAAGCCACUAAAUAAAAAUUCCGUUUUCGCCGAUGACGAGGAUGAACAUGAGAAAAAAGACAUGGAGGCCCAAAAAGCAACAGAGUAUGGAUUGAAUCAGGCGCAAUCAAAAAAGCAACCUGCCUCCGAUCGCGAUUUCACAAACUUGUCCACUUUACACAGCAGCAAGAAGCAUGCCAAGGAGGCAGAGGAACUAGAUCCAUCAGUAUAUUCCUACGAUGAGGUCUAUGAUAGCCUUCACGCCAAGCCCAAGAAGACUACAACUACGAAUCAGAGUGAGGUACCAAAGUACAUGACGAAUCUGCUGCGGAGUGCAGAGAUUCGAAAACGGGACCAGCUCAGAGCGCGCGAACGCCAACUACAACGCGAGCGUGAAGAAGAGGGUGACGAGUUUGCGGAUAAAGAAAGCUUUGUUACAAGCGCCUACAAAGCGCAGCAAGCGGAAAUGCGCAAGGUAGAGGAAGAGGAGGCUCGACGAGAGCAGGAGGAAGAAGAGCGACGCAAACAAAAUGGAGGGGCUGGUAUGAUCAACUUUUACAAAGAUAUGCUCUCCCGCGGAGACGCCGAACAUGGAGAAGUUGUCAAAGCUGCCGAAGAGGCCGCCCAACGUGUCAAAGCAGGCGAGGUCCUUGAGGAAACGGUCGCGGAAUCGGAAGAGAAAACCGAUGCGCAGAAAGCCGAGGAGCUCAAUUCUCGUGGCGCUCAUGUUGUCGUCAACGAUGAAGGCCAAGUUGUGGAUAAGCGCCAGUUGCUAUCUGCGGGUCUGAAUGUCGCGCCUAAACCCAAGGCCACCCCUCCCUCUGCUGCUUCAAAAAAUGCACGAGGGCCUCUCCCAAGACCAGGCGCUGGUGUUGGGGCGCAAUUUGGCCGCGGGGCUCAACGGGCUCGCCAGACAGAGUUGGUUGCCCAACAAUUGGAAGAACGGGCCCGCCAAGAGGAAGAAGCAGAAGCGGCACGACAAAAGGAAAUUGCCGACCGUAUUCGCAGCAAGAAGUCUGCCACAGAUGUAUCCAGCGCAAAAGAGCGUUAUCUUGCAAGAAAGAAGGAGCGGGAAGAGGCGGCCAAGGCUGCUUCUGCUUCCUCUUGA